UGAUAUAUAGAACUAGUAUAGAGUCCAUAUGCACCGCACUCACGUUGAUAACUUCGUCAGUGUGAUUUUGGUACGCGUCGCGAGCAUUCGAGUGCUGGCGUUCUUCAAUAAGUGUUCUUUGACGCGAAAGAUACAUCAAUAACCAAAACGUAGUUAAGCAAUUAUUAAUGGGAAAAAUGGAUCAACAUAGUAACACAUCGCCACCGUACCCUUACCCGCAGGGGCCUCCACCAUCAAUGCCGCCGCCAUCAAUGCCAACACAUACAGUGCAUGUUAUAACGAGUACGGCUUUUAACAAGGAGAGUCAACAUUUGAUCUGUCCACACUGCCACGCUAAUAUAUCUACGCGCGUAGAAACGGAAGCGAACACUAAGACACAUUUUAUGGCGAUGCUUCUUUGUUUGUUCGGAUGCUGCUGUUGUGCAUGCUGUCCUUAUUGCAUGGACAGUUGCCAAGUACAUAAGCACUAUUGCCCCGCAUGCGGUUCUUUCCUUGGAGCUUCCCAAAAUUGAUCAUGUUCUGCCGCAAUAGAAUACCGCAAAAUUAUAUUGCCGUUAAUUAAAAUUUUUUUGAAUGGCUUUAAAAACAACUAUCUAAACUAGUAACCUCCUUCUCUUAAUGCGAAAAGUAAAUAAAAUAAAAUAGAAGGUAGAGAUGUAUGAAUCAAGCAUUUGUGAGAUCACUGAGAGUGAAUCAAAUCAAAUGUUUUAUAUGUUCAUAAUUAAAUUGAUUCGUAUCUGAAAUGUUCACGUCAAAUUCUUUGAUUCAAACACGAAUUGAAUUCGAAUCAAAUUUUUCAGGACUUACAUGCUAAUUUAAAAGUAAUAAAAUAUUUUCACUGUUGUAAAAGCUUUUUAAUACAUCAAAAAAUUAAUCUCAAGAAUUUUUGGAAAUAAUUACAAAAAAUGAUGUGCUAAGUAGAAAUUUAUAAUAGAUAAGUGUGUGAAUAUUAUAUAGAUAAAUAAACAUCUUACACUUACUACCCAUCGUGGAAUUACUCGCGUCUGAACAAAAUUUCCCGCAUUGUAUACUCCAGUAUAGUACAUACAUGCGGCACGCAUCUGUAUUUCGCCUUAAAAAACUUUAUUGGUGAGGGAAUAUGACGCCACAGUCGCGCUCUUUAAGCUGUUAUUACAAUAGUUAGGUCGGCAUAAAAAUUGCAUAGUGCAUAACUAGAACCAAAAUUCCAGCUUGGCGCGGUAAAGUUUUAGAAAUAAAUAAUUUUUAUAUUUUUCAUUUUAUCAAUAUAUUUGUGCAAUAUUUAUAGUUUUUAAAUUUAUUACUAAUAAAAGUGUUUAAUUUUUGUUACUAUAAGAAUGUCGCAUAUCAUACACACACACACACACACACACACACACACACACACACAUAGGGGGGAGAGAGGUAAGAUGACGACCUUAAGGUUUGUCAAUUUUUACUAAUUUCUGUGGUAAUGUAAAAAUAACAAUCUACUUUUUUUUAGAUUUACUGAAAUUUUGUUUAUCAUCAGUAAAAAUUAGAAAUUGUUAAAUAAACUAAAAUUUUUUAAAAUUUAAAAUAUUUUAGGACAUGUCAAUUUCGUCAUCUUGCCUCCAUAUGCGGGUAAGAUGACUUUUAAUACCGAAUGAGGUGAAAAACAGUCAAAUAAAAGUAAAAAUGUGCUCUUAUGAAUAAAAAAGAUUUAUUACAGUAUAAUAAUCUUAUAUAAUUUUGAUAUUACAAUGCAGUUAAAGAAAAAACAUAAAUAAAACAAAAAAUAUUUAUAUAAUCUACAAAAAUAAAAUUAUUAAAAUUGUGAUAUACAUAAUUGUGAUAUACAUGAUUACAAUAUAUAUUGCGAUUAAAAUUGCGUUAUAUAUAGUCAGAAUGCUGUUAAGACCGAAAAAAUUAAUGCACAAAUGCAUUAUCUUGCCUAUGCACAACUUUCGUCAUCUUACCCCCAGUCGCUAUGUUUAUUUGUUUAUGAAAUAUAAAAUAUUGUAAUACAAAAAUUGAAAAUUGUAAUACAUUAUUAUACAUUUUUAGCUAUACAAUAUUGUGAUUUUAUAGAGAAAAUAAAAAUAUUUAUUAUAAUUAUGUCAUUUCCUAUGAACACUAAAAAGUUACGGAUAGGUGCUUCCAAAACACAUUUCUCAUUAUAUUAUCUAUUCUAAUAGACAGAUUGAAAUCAAACUGCCACAGAUUAUUUGUUACCAUCUAAAGUCUAAUAAAUUAAGCAUCGGUUUGUUGUUUGUUAUUAACCUGGAAAAA